AGGUCUGACUUGUUAUGUCGAGUUAAAUAUAGUAACACACUACCAGACAUUCCCUUUGAUCCUAAAUUCAUCACUUAUCCUUUUGAAAGUAACAGAUUUAUCCAGUAUAAGCCAACAUCAUUAGAACGUCUGUAUAAAUAUGAUUUAUUAACUGAACAUGAUCUAGGUGUUACUAUAGACCUCAUUAAUCCUGAUACUUAUAAAUUUGAUCACAAUGUUUAUCCCGAGGCAGAAGAUGAGAAAUUACUGGAAGAUGAACUCAAUACUCCUGCUGAUUCUAAAAGAUCACGACAUCACAAUACCAAUGUAUCAUGGUUGCGUAAAACAGAGUAUAUUUCUACAGAAUAUAACAGAUUUAUACAGAAAGCAGAUAAAUCUGAAAUCAGGGUUGGAUUUAAAAUUAAACAGAAGAUGCGAGAUGAUGACAUGUACAAAGAUAGAGACAGUCAAAUAGCAGCCAUUGAAAAAACAUUUGAUACAGCCAAAGAAGAGAUUGUCAAACAUUACAGUAAACCUAAUGUUAAACCUGUAGAAGUUUUACCUGUAUUCCCAGAUUUCAAGUUAUGGCAGCAUCCAUUUGCCCAAGUCUUGUUUGAUUCUGACCCUGCGCCUAAAGGUCAAUCUCUACCUGUACAAAUGGAGGAAAUGUCUCAAGCUAUGAUUAGAGGAGCUGUAGAUGAGAGUGGUGAACAGUUUGUAGCCUAUUUCUUACCAACAGACGAGACCCUGACAAAACGUAAACGUGAUGCUGAGGACGGACAGGAUUAUGUUGAAGAUGAAGAAUAUGACUACACUCUAGCUAGAGAAUACAACUGGAAUGUCAAAAAUAAACUAUCUAAGGGAUACGAGGAGACAUAUUUCUUUGUGUUCAGAGAAGAUGGUGUUUAUUAUGAUGAAUUAGAAACAAGGGUACGAUUGAGUAAGAGAAGAAAAUUAGGAGGAACACAAGCUGCUAAAUCACGAUUAGUUGUAAAACAUCGGCCAUUUAAUGAUAAGGAAGAGGCAGCGCAGAAAUCGAGAUUAACGUUGUUAGAACCACCGGCCGAGGAAGAAGAAGAAGAAAUGGAACCACAAUUACCAGACAUAACCAAUAAAUCAGAUGAUGAAAAUAAAUCAGAUGAGGAACAGAAAAGUGACGAUGAAGACAAACGAAGCGUCCAAUCAGGUGGAAGUAGGCGGAGUCGAAGUAAGAGUAGAAGUAGAAGUCGUAGUAAAAGUGGAAGUCGCAGCAGGUCUCGAAGCGGAAGUCGAAGUAGCUCCAGUGGUAGCGGUAGCGAUAGUGACGCAGGAAGUAAGGGAAGUGAGAGUGAAAGUGAGGCUGAAGAUACGAAAGGAAAGAAAGAUGAAGAGGAGAUUUUCGGAAGUUCCAGCAGUUCUUCUGACAGUGAUUAA